GGACGGGUCACGUGGUAGUAUCUGCCAGAAGGAGACCUCCAAAGCUUGGCCAUCAGGGAAGCGCCUCCACCCUUUCCAAAAAUGCCCCGGAAGUGCCUCCGUCCUCAGUAAAGAUGGCCGUAACCCUUGACAGGAGGGAGGCGGGGCUGCGCCUGCGCAACAAGUUCAGCGGGGAAAAUGGCGGAUGACAAGGAUUCUCUGCCCAAGCUUAAGGACUUGGCGUUUCUCAAGGACCAGCUGGAGAGCCUGCAGCGGCGUGUGGAAGAUGAAGUCAACAGUGGUGUGGGCCAGGACGGCUCGCUGUUGUCCUCCCCAUUCCUCAAGGGCUUCCUGGCUGGCUAUGUGGUGGUGAAACUGAGGGCAUCAGCAGUAUUGGGCUUUGCCGUGGGCACCUGCACUCCCAUCUACGCAGCUCAGGCAUAUGCUGUGCCCAUUGUGGAGAAGACAUUAAGGGACUAUCUGCGGUCACUGUGCAAGGGACCUGACUAG